AUGCGCCGUAAACUUGGGAGGGAAGAAAGGGCUAUGCAAGCUCAGCCUUGCGUCGCGAGGCAGGAAAAAGAAAAUCAAUUGUUUGACACCAUGGCAUCCUUCGGACGGUUGACAGCCUCCUUAUUCAAUGCCUCACAAGAGAACACAAUGGCAUUGCUAAAUUUGAACUUUGACUUCGCCAUGAUCAAAUGUGACGCACCAGCUGAGUAUAAAGGCCUCGGAAAGGCUUUAUCGACUAACCGUAAGAACGCCGCUGAAAAUGGAGAAUUACAUAUAGUCGCAAGGAAGCUAGGUGCACUCUUCUCAUCGGAUAUCCCAGACGUGCCCGACCUUGUUCGGGCUUAUGGCGAACGAGUAAGCGAGAUCGCACAAAUGCCCAAUAUCAAUCCCAAAGGCUCAACUUCACACGGGGCUUUUGCUGACCACGUCGGGGUUGAUGGUACGACCAUAUGGGCGACCGCGACAUCUGGUAAAUCUGUCAUCACAAUACACCUUCUAGCAUGCAUGCUAGCCCGUAUCUGGAAGCAGAAAGAAGCAAUAUCAAUCUGGAAUGAGCUCGUGGAGCAGAGGAAAGAGCUCCUUCGACAGAAAACUCUUGGAGAAUCCUUCCAAAUAUCCGAGGCUGUGGCAUCAAGGAUAGAUAUUCCGAGAAGUCAACUUGCGGCUUGGGAUGCAAGUGCGCGGUCAGUACAACCUUUACGCUCGAUUGCAAUUGCUCAUUCAGGGCAGGGCAUGGCUUCGCACUACCGACGAGGCGAAAAAAGUUCAACAAACCCAACUUCGACUCAUUCUAGACAAUCUACAGCUCACUGUAUCGACUUCUUCCGAUCUCCACAACUCUGUGUCGGAUCCUCUGAUCAACCGGGGGGGAUCAUCACCGUCGGACUUGAAUCGAACAUCAACAACGACGCAGGUGGUAUCCGUUGGUCCCUCCCACUGGCUCACCUGAAAUAUUACGGAGACCCUCUGUUAUCCGAGGGACAUACAGGACUCGGAGACUUUCAAGUCACAUUAAGCCAGUUUCUUUGUGUGGCUUUGGGGAGUAUUGUUGGCGGUUGGGGUUUCCGGUCACGCGAUGUCGAUGACGGGCUGCAUCUCAUCAUUGCCAUCGACGAGGGAUUAGCAAACGUUUUUGACCAGUCUCUGAACCCAUCUUAUAUAAGCGUCCUCGCUUCCGCUGUGAGACAAUUCUGGAACUCAGAAAACUUGGAGAGAGAAGAGCUCCGCCGUCUCAUCUAUUAUGGUCAAAGAAAAUGUGCUGGAUUGCUGGCUCCUGCAAAGCAACACCCCCCUUCGUUGUUUGGACUAUCACAUUCACCGCACAUCCUUAGGUGCUUGCCGCCAUACUUGGAACGAUUCAGAGGCGACGUCACUGAUGAACCAGUCAGCAUCCUCCGUGAGGUCGUGACCUCCGUCUACGACAAGGCUACCCUGGCGGGCGGCGUGAUAGAGUUCGGUCGCCCAGAUCUGAGGUAUACCCACUUAAUUCCAGAGAAGCAGCUGAAACGCGACGAUGAUUCCUGGAAGAUUCGCUCGACUGUGUGGUCGUGGCAGACCUACGGCGCGACCCGGCAGUAUCAAUCUUGCAAGUUCUCUGACGUCGUAGAUCUACCACCAGGACCUGGCGAAGACGUCAAAGAAUUCGUGUUCCUAUGCGGCGUACCAAAGUUCGGUGCAGUUUACCUUCCCAGUCGGCGAACAAGCUCUGGUAAAUUAAUACCAUUGCGCGUUGGUGCAGCUCCGAUAUGUCAAGUACAAAAGUUGUUAAACCGUGGCUUUAUCAACAAGGAGUGGUGGGCCUACUCCCUCAUCCGAAACGGUGAAUUCUGGAGUAAGAGAUUUCCAACUUAUUUCCGUUCGCUAGAAGCCCUAGUUGAUUUGAAUCUCAUAUAUUCGGGGCUCCCGGGAGCUCGAGUGGAUUUACGUGCCGCGUCUCGUCCCAUAUCAGAUGCAGCGUGGUGCAUACAGCGAAGUGUAUGCAAAAGUCAAUCACCAUCCAUAUCGGCAGAUAUUGCUUUUAGUUGUAUUGCUUACUUUGAGACGGGGCAUGUCGAUCUCGAACCGAAGACGAUCCAAAACGCAAUGGCGAUAUCAUGUGAAAGCAACCUAUACGUUUCCACCCUUUUACUACAGGAUCCACAAGAAACUCCAAACGUCCCCUUGACGAGAAUAACCGGAAACAUUGGCAAACCUGGGUUAUCCGUACUUGCAUCGCCAACCAAUCCACGGGUUUUGCAGGUCAACCCGGACAGCUGGAAAGUAGUCGCCCAUGAGCCAUUCGAUGGAAUAGCACAAGAUAGUUUUGCUUCGACGUCACUGCACCUGUGCUUGACAGGUUAUGAGCUCACCUUCGAUUUGGGAGACCGUGGAUCUCGUGAUUCUGACGCUCGAAUUGUCGAGGCUGCCAUAUCAUUGCACGACCAGGGCAAAUGGAUUGCAGACCUCGACAUAGUCAAAGCUUCCAAGGUCUGGAAAAGAUAUCGGGGACAUCCCAAUUGUGCACACACUGAUCAGCAGCGAUCCGGCCCUCUCAAGAUUGAUUCACUCGUCUCGGUCGACAGCUGGAUAGAGUUCCUAGAGCAACCUCUUUCAAGCGCGAUUUUCCGUGCCCAAGGAAACACCCUUGCUCGCCUAGCUGCUGCGACGCCGGCGGAACAGAAGGCAUACAACGCCUUCAUCAUCACCCCAUCGAGCUGCUGGUCAUGCCUAGUUGAGUACUUCACCGCACACCAACAAACAGUUGACUCGGACAUCAUGUUCAUCUGA